AUGACGGAUCCGGACAGAUCGAACGACAGCCGAAUCAACCCUCCCAUCAUCGUGCAUCCAUCUCACAUCCUCCGAGUCGGUAGCAUGACCGUGAAGAACGAAUAUAGGGAUAUCGCAUCGAUCCCACCACCAAAGCCGGUGGAUGAAAAGGCCCGCAAGGAAGCCGCAAGGGAUCUCACAAAAAUGCGUCGUUUGACAGCCUGGAGCAUCCACCGAUGGCCAGUCGAACGCCGAGUCGUGCACCAGCGAACGCGCGUAUCCCUUCCACGAUCUUAUCUGGCGAAAGACGGUGUAGACUUCCGCGUGAUCAGCGCUGGCAGCGAUCUCAACCAGUUUGUUUUUCGACACUACGAGGAGUUGGCAGAGGAGAAGGACAGGGAGAAGGUGAACUACGUAACAGAGGCGCGAAUCCAGGAAAGCAGACAUGAGUUUCUUGGCCCAGAUCCUCGCGUUGCCGGCUAUUCCGCUGAGGGAGAUGGCAUUCGGAUUCUCUGGAUUGACCGCUUUCUUGAUGAGAAAUGGGUAGAGGGGGAGAAAUGGGAACUCCUAGAUGUUGAGAUGAGUGAUAACGGGAAUUGGGUAGAGAGUGCUGUAUAG